AUGGCAUCCGUUCCGUCCACUGCUUCCGGCAGUGACCAGGGCCACUGCCGGCCCAGCAAGGCCGAAUCGGUAGAUCUCUCUCCAGGCGUGCGACGUCGCAGUUCGGCCUCCAAUGACAAUUUCGAGGACGCUCCCCCCACCAAAACCAGAAAAGUGAGUCGGGCCUGCGACUUCUGCAAGUCUCGAAAGGCCAAGUGCAGUGGAAACCAGCCAUGCACCAAAUGUGUAGCCAGGGGCAGGACUUGCCUCUAUAACGCCAAAUACACGCGUGGCCGUCCACCCACGCCUCCUCCGGCCGUGUUCGUCCAGCCAGCGACUGCACCCACAUCAUUGCUGCAAGUCGCGCAAGAGGACAUGGAUAUCUCCAUUGGCAGGCCUCGGUUGCCGCAGGGCGGCACGUCUUCGCGGGCGUCACCUGAAUUGGAUAUGGCAGAAAUUCAGGGGCAGGUGUUUGAUCCCACUUCCGGCCAUACAUUUUUGCAUCGCGCCCGGAAAAGGCUCUCUACCGGUGAUGAGCAGAUUGGUACUGACUCAUUCAAAACUUUGACGGAAGACCAACCCGUGACAAUGGCAGGAGAUCGGUUCCUCCCCGAAAGCCCUGCUUCGGCUUCUGUUGUUCUCCCAAGCCCUGAAAAGACUCGCAUGCUGAUGGCACAAUAUUUUGAUGUGUGUAUCGCCACAUAUAGGAUUCUCCAUAGGCCCUCGGUCGAGGGAUGGCUGUCGGCUGUGGAACGAAAUAUUGAAGAGGAUCGGCCAGUAAGUCAUGGGCUCGGGAAUGCGAGGGCCGCCAUUGUGCUGGCUGCUCUUGCCAUUGCCAUGUCCCACGAGGCAAAACACAAGGGGUUCUUCUCUCAAGAAGAUGAAGUACGAGCUCUAAGUCAAAGCGACGUCCUUUUCGGGAUUGCCAGUCGGUUGACGGACGAAGAGACAGGCUGUCCAAAACUAGAGUCAGUCCAGGCACGGAUUGUGCAGACACUCUAUCUGCUUAUAACAUCCCGCUUCAAUAAAUGCUGGUACGUAUUUGGUAAUGCACUCCAGCUCAUAUCAGCCAUUGGACUACACCGCCGAGGGAGCUUGAAGCGGAGGCGAAUGCCACGAGCAGACUACAUCCAUACUCAGUGCAGCAUUCGUACAUUCUGGACUGCCUAUAUCCUCGACACCCUGUUAGGUGUAAUAUUCGGGCGACCGAGACACUUUCACGAUGAGGAUAUUGACCAGGAAUUCCCCGAUCGCAUUAAUGACGAGGACAUGACUGCGGCCGGCCCAACCGAUGCCUCCCAGAACCCCGAGGAUUGCCAUAUGGAUGCCCUAAUAUUCCAUGCAAAGAUUUCCCAGAUCUGUGGUGCAAUAUCUCGAAAAGUGUAUACACUCGAGAAGAUAUCGAAAGAACAACGAAUAUCUGCUGCUCAUCAUCACAUCCAACUUGUCCACGAAUGGCGUGCGUCGCUUCCCCUCCACCUCGGCUCGAUUCGCCCUUCUAUGCUCAUCCCGACCUAUCGCCGCCAGGCAACUGUGCUCAAACUUGCUAAUGCGCACACCAUUAUGCACGCAUCUCGUCUCUUUAUUCUCGACAGCCCCUCUUCCAUGCAGCAGUCGCUUGUUGGGGAUUGCAUAGCCGCGGCGAGAUCCGUUCUCGAAAUUGUAGACUCCAUGACUAAAGACGGCCCAAACUUUCAAGCCUUUUGGUGGACACAUUAUGUUACUUUUUGCGCAUUGAUUGUUGUAUAUGUAUGGGAAAUCCAACAACAAAAACUCGGGAAGCCAAUCAUCACCGGAAGCGACCAGAGGGUAAAGCUGCUAGAGCUGGCCGAGAGGUGCCAGUCACAUCUGGCCCGGGCAACUGCAACAAACUCCCCCAGCCGUCGAUAUGCUGUUAUUCUAGAAGAGUUUCGUGCCACAGCAAGACGUCAACCUGAAAAGACAGACCGUGCCCAGCAACUCAAGACUCAAGACCCCCUACCACAGGUAGUGGCUGAAGUUACCGUGCCGAAGGCAGCAUCUGUGGUCAAUCUCGAGUAUGCAAACACAGGAUACGUAGCGGGGCCCAUGCCAUCGUUGGAUCCACAGCUCCUGGAAGAAUGGCAAACUACUGACUGGCUUGAGCUCGAUUCUUCUGCAUUCUGGACCCAAUCUGAUCUUGACGAAGCCAUGGGUUGGCCUGGUAUAUUAUGA